AUGUCAAGCAAAAAUAAUGUAAUUGAAGAAAUUCAAGAAUUAAUCCAAAAAAUUAAAAAUGAAUAUGAGGAGGGAGUUGAUUUUGAAAUUCCUUAUUAUUCAGAAAAACAUAAAACGGGGGCGAUAAGUCAUCUUUCGCCACGUUUAAAAAGUUUUUUGCGAAAGAAGUUUGAUUUUCCGUCGGGUGUCAACGACUAUUUAGAUUAUAGCAAAACUAAUUCCGCUAAUAAUUAUUAUUAUCGACUUGAUGGCGAACAUGGCAAGGGAGAACACGAAGAAUUUGGUCAAGGUUCAAAAGUUAUCGCUUACUUCCACCCCGAAUGUGCGAAAAAAUACUUUGCGGGUAAAGAACAAUCAAACGAAAAUAAUGUUCGGAUAAAAGAAAAAUUAUUGCGAAAUUUGGAUAAAAUAUGUUUAGACCCAGACGGUUAUUUGGCGAAUAACGAAUAUUUAAAAACAGAUGAAGCGGAGGAAGAAUACCAAAAGACAUUUAACUUGCCCAGCGAAUAUUAUGAGGUAAAAAGAGAAUUGGUUAAGAAAAUAAAGCAAGAAAUAGAGCAAAAUCCUUCCGAGUGGAAAAUUGAGCGGGGGAAAAAUGAGAAUUAUGCUGACAAAAACCUAAAUCAACUGGUUAAACAUCAGCCAUCCGGUCGGAGAAAAGAAAUCAAUUUCGCCACCGCACAACUUAUUAAAUUUGCGCGAGAAAAAUUAAGCAAUGAGUAUUUGGAAUUAAGCAAAAUUGCUCCUUGGGAUACUGAUACUAAAAACACUACACUUUUUGUUUAUCAGCAAUUAUUAAUUAUGCUUCACCCGGCUACUCCCUUUAUUACCGAGCAUAUUUACCAAGAAUUAACCCACCAAAAAAUAUUACAAUCCGAAAUUGAAAUUAUUGACCUAAAAGACCAAAAGCAAGCACUCUGA